GAUGCCAAUCUUGACUUUAAUUGCAGUCCUAAUCUUAUUUAAAACGGAUGUGGCUUGGUAGACAUUUGAGCAGUCAAUAAUUCGCGAGUGAAAGUGCAAUAUCUCUGCAGCAGAUUAGCAGGUUCAGUUCAACUCACACAUAAAAUGAUUCCACAAGACUCGAUAAAGCCGUCGUCGCUAAAUAAACCUGAGGGAUGGGGAAUUCGACAUUUGGUCGUUUUCCUCGGCUUUUGGGGUUUCGCCAUGUCCUACGCGAUGCGAUUUAAUCUCAGCAUUGCAAUCGUAGCAAUGGUGAAGCGUAAUUCGUCCAACAUUCCGAUUCCUGUGCUUCCACCACUAAAUAAUUCCCUACAUCACGACGACCUCCUCCUAUCUUCUUCUCACUACACGUACAACAACAAGUCAUUCUCGGCAGAAAAAGCGUGCCCAAUUCCGGUCCAUACUUCCGGACUUUUCGGACUUAACUCCAACCCGGCAGCGGGUGGAUCAUCCGAUGAAGGUGAAUUUGAGUGGGACGAAGUCCAACAAGGUAUCAUCCUGGGCAGCUUCUUCUGGGGGUAUAUGUGUACACAACUUCCAGGGGGAAUAAUUGCACAAAAAUAUGGAGGCAAAUGGCCUCUUGGGCUGGGUCUCUUGAUCACUGCGGUUUUCGCUUUAUUGACCCCAAUCAUGGCCAGAGCACAUAUUGGACUCCUCAUUGCUGCCAGAGUCAUCCAAGGCUUUGGAGAGGGUCUAACCACACCUGCCAUGCACAGUCUUCUCAGUAAAUGGGUUCCCCCCGCUGAACGGGGAACUCUUGCAAGUAUCACGUACUCUGGCUGUUCUUUUGGGACUGCAGGAAUUAUGAUUGCGAGCGGAUAUCUAAUCCAAGAAAAUAUAUUUGGGGGGUGGCCUUCCGUCUUCAUUUGUUCAGGAGCUCUCACCCUGGCGUGGUUCGUGCUCUGGGUCGUAUUCGUCUUCGACUCCCCGGAAGAACAUCCACGAGUUGGGAGCGAUGAACUGUACUAUAUUCAGAGGUCGAUUGGAGAUCAAGUGUCAAAGGUCAAACCACCCACGCCGUGGAAAAAAAUGGCUACUUCACUUCCACUCUGGGUUAUCAUUGUGGCUCAUACGGGACACACGUGGGGACUUUACACACUGCUCACCGAACUGCCAACUUAUAUGAAGACCAUUCUCAACUUUGACAUUAAACAGAACAGUUGGAUGUCUGCCAUGCCGUACGCUCUGAUGUGCGUGACCAGCUUCAUAAUUCCACCCAUGGCCGACGUCUUCAUUAAAAGGAAAUGGUUGGCGACGGUCAACGUCAGGAAGGCGUGUCAAGUCAUCUCCCACAUCGGUGGUGCCCUCGCCCUCAUCGGAGCAUCUUACUCAGGAUGCAACACCACCAUGACCGUGAUCCUCCUCACCAUAGCGGGUGGCGCAAAUGGGGCCGCGUUCGGCGGCUUUGGCGUUAACCACAUCGACAUUGCGUCAAACCAUGCCGGCAUUUUGAUGGGUGUGACGAACACGGUGGCAAACAUUUCAGGAUUUUUGGGUCCUUACGUCGCCGGAGUGUUGAUCAAUGGAAAUGCCACGUUGGAAAGGUGGCAGAUCGUGUUUUACAUCGCGGCCGCAGUCUACUUUGUGGACACGUUGGUAUUUCUCUUGUUCGCGUCGGCGGAUGAGCAGCCCUGGAACAGGGCGUGUCCCACACUGCCUCCCGUCCACAACUCGACCGCAAACUUGCUGGAGUCGGAUUAUGAUGACGUCGUUUUAGGCAGGGAAGCGGAACAAGCGAAGAAUUAUAGUUCAGAUGAUGACAUUAUUUCAGUUUAGUUAGAGAGUAUUGUUAUUUAUUAUAAGUUAAUUUUUGUAAGUAUUUAUUAUAGCUAAUAAGUUAUUACGUAAUUAGAGUUAAUAUUUAGUAGCAUAGUUUUUUGUACGUAUUUAAGUAAAAUGGUAGGAAUAAAUUGACACAGUUUUGCAGAAAAAUCUAAUUCAUUUUACUAUUUACGAUAGCUAAAUACGAUUCUCUUUAAAUAGUUUAUACAUAAAAGACAUAAAAUAUUUUCAGUUUUUGA